UGCGGUGCUGCAGAGGCGGCGAGAGGGCCAGCACAGGACCCAGCGCCAUACCCGGGGGGGCCUAAGGAGGAAUGUUUUUGCCUUCCGCCCCCCACUUAAUAAUGAGCUCCCUUGAGCUGCUUGAGGCCUUAAGCCAUUGCUUAGGCUGCUUCUAGCGAGUGCUGGCUCUGCUGGGCCUGUUCCGUGGUGCUCACCACUGCACCAGAGUCUGAUCCCGUUCAGUUAGACUUGGUCCAGCUGCACUCACACGAGCACCCCCAUCCUCUGCUCUUCCAGAGGCUGCUGCCAGUCAGUGUAGCUUUCAGUGCUCUUUCUGCAGUUGUGCCCUCCGUCCACAGCCCCCUUUCAGACUGAGCCAGUAGGCCAUGCAGCACUGAUAGCAGAACACCUCAGAGCCUAAGUGAGCAUGGACUGCCCUCCAACCAUCCAAAGGAUACAUCAGAGAAGGUCCAGAUUUAUCCUGCCCCUGCUGAGGCUGUUAAUCGUGUCCACCGCUCCAAAAUGCCCAGCAGCAGCAAGCAAUAUUUGGCUGACUCUUCAAAGCUGGUUGUCCUUUAGGUUCUUUUGAAUAUUAAUAUGUCUCAUUCCAAAAAACUACAAUCCUUCAUACCUACUCACUGUGCUGUGCCUUGGUUUCAGAUUUAUUUUCUGGAUUUUAUAUUCAACACCAAGGAGGAUAUAAUCCUUGCCUCAACAACUUGCACUUUAAACAAGAUAUAGAAUAUUAUGUGCUGUGUGAUCAAGAUUACGGUUUCAAGUAUAGCUUUUUAUGUAAACUUAAAAUUUGUUAGGUGACUGUUCUCCUAGUAUUAGUCAUGGGCUUUAUGGCAGAAAUGAUUGAAGGAGGAUUUUGCAUAGAGAGGGUAACUGAAGAAAUUUGAGUUUACAAAGGCUGUGAGAAUUUACAUUAGUUAGGUUAGUGCACAUAGUCUGUACUUAUGAAUUUAUUGUAUUUUAAAAAUACAUUAAAAGAAAGUUAAAGUUGCAAAGUCAAACACUCAGAAGUUAGGAAAUAUCAGAGUUAAAGUUUCAUGUGCAAUCUUAGUUUUUCCCCCUUAUGCAUAUCCAUUACGAUACAGUCCUCAGUACAUCACCACAUACUAUUUUUUCCCACAAGGCCUCUGCCUCAUUCAGUGCACAGGAUGGAGAUUGUACAAAGAAUCAUGUAUAAUAGUGAAUGAGGCUAUUUUCUGUAGAGCCUUGCCACACUUGUUGCAGAAGUUAUCAAGCUUCAACCAUUCAGGCUGAAAUGCAAGGUUUUAUAAAGGAAAGACCGAUACCUGCAAUAAGAAUCUUAUAACAGAGCGCAGGGUAACUUUAACUAUAGGUAUUGCUACUAGCUCUCCCUAUUGUAUAUUGAUACGCCAAAAGCUUCCAGAUGACUUCCAUCCAUGUAAUCAGUAUUAUACUUGUCCCUUACUUUCACGUUUGUGUGGUUUUUUGCAUAGAUAUGGAAAGACUUACUGAGAGUUGAGAUGGCACUUGAAGAAUUAAAAAGGCUCCCAACUUCAUCGUCACACACAAUUUACCAAAGAGAGAUCGGAUUCUGAUGUCACACCUGCCUGAAUCCAGAGCAAACCCAGUGAAGCCAAUGGAAUUAACUCCAGAUACAGUCUUCAGGGUAACAGAGAUUAGAAUCUGGCCCACGGAAUUUUAAAACGUUUCAGAAAACACUCCCCUGAUUCUAAAAGCCCAGGGAUGAAGCAGUUGCCAGCAGAAACUGUCCGUCUCCUUUCAAGUUCUCAAGUGAUCACAUCAGUUGUCAGUGUAGUGAAGGAGCUGAUAGAGAAUUCCUUGGAUGCCAAUGCCACAAGUAUUGAUAUUAAACUGGAAAAUUAUGGGUUUGAUAAGAUAGAGGUGCGAGACAAUGGUGAUGGCAUCAAAGCUGCUGAUGUUCCAGUUAUGGCAGUUAAGCAUUAUACCUCAAAAAUAAGCUGUCCUGAGGAUCUUGAAAACUUGACAACCUAUGGUUUUCGUGGUGAAGCCUUGGGAUCAAUUUGCUGCAUAUCUGAGGUUUCGAUCACAACAAAGACAGCUGCUGAUGAUUUUAGCACCCAGUACAUCUUGGAUAGCAGUGGGCAUGUAACUUCUCAGAAGCCUUCUCAUCUUGGGCAAGGUACAACUGUAGCUGCACUGAAGCUGUUUAAAAAUCUUCCUGUAAGAAAACAGUUUUACUCAACAGUUAAAAAAUGUAAGGAGGAAUUAAAAAAAAUCCAAGAUCUUUUGAUGGCAUAUGGCAUCAUAAAGCCAGAACUACGGAUAAUCUUUACACAUAACAAGGCAGUUAUUUGGCAAAAGUCCAGGGUGUCAGAUCACAAAAUGUCCUUUAUGUCAGUUCUGGGAACUGCCGUUAUGGGCAGCAUGGUACCUUUUCAACAUCGCUGUGAAGAUCCUGAGGUAUUUCUCUCUGGAUUUCUUCCAAAACCUGAAUCAGACAAUUCUUUGACAAGUCUUUCAAGUUCAGAAAGGAGUUUCAUCUAUGUAAAUAAUCGGCCAGUACAUCAAAAGGAAAUAUUAAAGCUGGUUCGACGGUACUAUAAUCUGAAGUCACAUAAAGAUUCUUCUCGUUCUUACCCUGUUUUCUUUAUUAAUAUUACUGUACCUGGCUCCGCUGUGGAUGUUAAUUUAACACCUGAUAAAACUCAAGUUUUACUUCAUAAUAAGGAAUCUGUCUUAUCUGCUGUUGAAAAUGUAUUGACAUCGCUGUAUGGGCUACUACCUGGUACAGUUUCUUCUGAAACUAAUAAAACAGAUGUUACCUCAGUGGACAUGGUUGUUAAUGAAACAGAACAAACAGAUGUGCUUGUUAAUAAAACGGAACCAUUUGGAAACAGUGAUCCACAUGCACAUACUUCAUCCGUUUCAUUCAGUAAUGAUGUGCAAAAUGGUCAAGCAGGAAAAAACACAGAGGUCUGCUUAAAGCAUCAAAGAUUUUCUAGUGAUAAUACUCAUGGUCUCCUCAAUAGAAAAGAAGUUUCUGGCACUGAUGUGACUGUGAGUGAUAUAUCUCAAGACAGUUCCAUAAAUAAUUUAUCAUGUGAGGACAGCCAGAAUGGAUAUAGUGUAACAUUAACCCUAGAUGGCAGUACUCACAUGGACACUCAAUCUAAAAACAGAAGUGAGCAUCCUUUGAGAGCCAGUCACACUAAUGAAGUGGAAAAAAAUGAGGCAAAUACAGUCCCUGAGUAUGUAUCUGAAAUCUCUGCUGAUAAUUGGAGCAAGGGGAAUGCAUUUAAAAAUGCUACAGGAGAGAACCUGGAACCUGUAAAGAUUUUGAUACCUGAAGUAGGAGGAAAAACAAAUCAUAAGGCAAAUGAAAAUACUGAUGAACAAGAUCAUGAUCAGCAGAGUGCAAAUCAAAAUAUUAAAAAAACGAAUGUGGUUAAUGAUAAAGCAGGACAGAUCAUGGCCUAUGAUUUAAUUAGUAAUCAAAUAAUCCGGAAACCCAUAUCAGCAGUUGCCCUGUUCACCCAAGAAUAUCGUUCUAGAUUAUUAACUGAUAAUCCAAAGGCCAACAUGGAGGACUUGAUGCUGAAAAUUGAAGGACUAUGGGAGAAACUGAGCAGAGAGGAGAAAAUGAAGUAUGAAGAAAAAGCCACAAAAGACCUGGAACGAUACAACAGACAAACCAAGAAAGCUGUGGAGCAGAGAAUACAGAGCUCAACAAAAGAGACAGAAAAAAGAUACAAGCCCAAACUGAAGACUUCUCUCUCUGACCAGCAGAAACUUGACAAACUUUUUCAGUCUCAAAUUGAAAAGAAACAGAGACAUAACCAAGCUCUGAAAAUUGUACAGGUGCCUUUUUCUAUGAGUUCUUUCAAACGUAAACUUCAGAGGCUUGAGAAGACAAAUUUUGAUAAAAACGAGUCUUGCCUGAUCUGUCACCUGAGUUUUCCUGAUGCAUGGAUAAUUGCUUCUGGAAAAAAAAUCAUGUUGCUAAAUCCGUAUAGAGUGGAAGAAGCCCUACUUUAUAAAAAACUACUGGAGCAACACAAACUUCCUGUAGAGAAACUGGACAAGCCAAUUGUAUUAACAGACAGUUUGUUCAGCGGAUCUCAUUAUAUGGAUUCUCUCUACAAUAUGACAAAGGAUUGCCAAAAAUUAAAUGGAUCAAUUUACUUGUCGGAUCCAAGGCUUAUAGCAAAUGGUUUUAAGAUAAAAAUGACACCAGGAUAUUCAGCUACAGAAAACCAGCUGGAAAUAGAAGGAAUGGCUAAUUGUCUGCCAUUCUAUGGUGUAUCAGAUUUAAAAGAAAUUCUGAAUGCCGUGAUAAACAAAAAUGCAAAGGAAGUAUAUGAGUGUAGACCUCUCAAAGUGAUAAACUACUUGGAGGGAGAAGCAGUACGUAUGUCUCGGCAGCUACCCUUGUAUAUGUCAAAAGAGGAUGUAGAAGACACAAUUUACAGGAUGAAGCAACAGCUUGGAAAUGAAAAUAAAGGCUGUGUUCAUGGUCGUCCAUUUUUUCAACACUUAACAGAUAUUCCAGAAUUUAAGUAACAAGCACAAAUCCAAGGAAGUUAUUCAGUAAAGUAGAACAUUUUGUUUGGGUUUGUAUUUCUUCUCCUUAAUUAUGACCUGUACUCUGUAUUGUCAGCCUGUUUUCUACAAAGUUUUUAUACAACAACUUUUCACUGUCUUAAGUUCAAUGUCUUUUGUUUUUUAAAGUUCAGCUGCUAUUUGUAAACUGAAAAUAAACUAUGAAUAAUGUACAGAAAUUUAUUUGCUACAACUCAUUGCUAUUUUUUCCCCAUUAAGAAUUUAGUUAAUAAAUGUUUGCAACUAUCAUGGUGUUUUUUCAGUGCAUGUUACAUAGUUUUGCAUGUAAAACAUGUGCCUAACAACCUGUAUACCCCUUUAGUCUUACUUACUUAGUGGUAUACCUCUUACCGAGGGUUAACUUACAUUGCUUUCUACAUUCCUCUGAAUUUGAUCUAAGUAAUAGACACUCUGAUUAUCUUUCCCUGGUCUGAAGAAGAGUUCUGUGAAGCUCGAAAGCUUGUAUCUUUUACCAAUAGAACCUGGUCUAAUAAAAGAUAUUACCUUGUC